CCAGACCCCGCGCAGCACGUGAAGCUGCAGGUCGUGCCGUCCUCGGCACUGGUGAAGGAAGGGGACAACGUGAAGCUGGUCUGCGAGGCCGACGGGAACCCGGCGCCUGUCUUCAGCUUCUACAAGAGAGAGGUGAGGCCAGAGGGGACCUGGGCACUUCUCCCUUGGCAGGCAUCUCGCAGCAGCAGUGGCUUGUACAGAUGCCAGACCCUGGACUUGGAUGAUAUGAGACAGCUGGAGAAGGAUGUGGAGCUCGUUGUGAACUACAUUGAAGGGGUCCAUGUGAAGAUGGAGCCAUCCUCACCCCUUCGGGAAGGGGACAGUGUGAGGCUGAGCUGUGACGCCCACAGCCCCGUGGCCCUGGACUACCAGUGGAGGGACGAGAAGGGCAGGAAGGUUGCGGAAGGGAACCAACUCUUUCUGAGCAACCUCACCUUCGAAACCUCCAGCAACUUCAGCUGCAAGGUGAUCGCACCAAGCGUGCCGGGGCUGGAGCAGAGCAAGCAGGUGGCUGUGGCUGUUCAGGGGAAGCCGCGGAUCGUUGCUAUCAGCUCCCCGAUGUAUGUGCGGCAAGACGAGGUGGUGAACCUGACCUGCAAGGCCAUCGCUUUCCCCAGGCCCUCCGUCCAUUGGAAUGUCAACGGGACGGCUCACGAGUACAUUGAAAAUCAGCACAUCGCCAGCAACCUGACAGUGCGUGUGAACCACGACCUGCUGCGGGCCGGAGCCAUGUGCAGGGUCUCCAACGCGCUGGGUGUCAGCGAGAAGCACAUCCAGCUGCUCG